CCAAGACUUUUGAACAGUAGUGUAUAUUACUCGUAAAGUUAAUAAACACAUAGCAUUAAGGGUUUUUAGUUUUAUUUUUUAUGGUAACAUGUUAGAUGUCCAAUGAAAGUGCUUUGGCCCCUCCCAGAUUUCCUCUUGGAUAAUUUUUCACUUGUUUGAACACUGAAGAUAGAAUUGUGCUCUGUAAAGUUAUUGACUAUUUAGUGUCCUUGAGAAUAAUGGUGGAAAAUAAAGGGUAUCCUGACUUACUGCUCUGCAGUCUGUGGUAAUGAUUUCCUGAUGACUGUGGCUUUGUUAUAAAGAAGAUUGUGACAGAGAGUCAUGAGGUUUUGUUGCCAUGGCGAUAACCCCUGUGGUGAGAAUGUAGUUAAUGGGAAUAUGAGUGGCAGGCUGAAAAGCAAACUAAUGAAACUGAAGCGUGUUGUGUUGGGAAAUGUGAAAAUUAACUUGUGUAUUUGAUUUCUUUGUGCUGCAUUCGGAUCUAACAGCAGGGUCUCAGGUCUGUCACUCCCUCUUAUGUGUAGUCAUUCAGUUCUUGUUGCUGAGGCUGAUGGGAAGGACAGUCACAUGCGUUUUGAGUAGCUUUAUCUUUCAGAUGAUAUAUCUGUUGAUGGGUUAUUACUACACAGCUACAGAUGAGUAUGAUAUCAAAUGGACCAUGCCUCACUGUGUCCUCACACUCAAACUCAUCGGUUUAGCACUCGAUUACUACGACGGUGGAAAAGAACAGUCUCAGAUGAGUGCAGAACAGAAGAAGUCUGCCCUCAGCUCUACGCCGUCUUUGUUGGAGGUCUUUGGUUUCUCAUAUUUCUAUGGAGGCUUCCUGGUAGGGCCUCAGUUCACACUGCUAAGCUACCAGAAACUGGUGUCUCGAGAGAUGUCCGAUGUCCCUGGACAACCACCCAGUAGUGUGGUUCCUGCACUGAAGCGAUUUGGUUUGGGUCUGAUCACCCUAACAAUCUUUACGAUAGGUGGGGUGCACUACUCCGAUAGCUACUUCUUAACAGAUGAGUUUGAGGCACAUCCAUUCUGGUAUAAGUGUGUGUACAUCUUAGUGUGGGUGAAAAUAAACCUGUAUAAGUACAUCAGCUGCUGGCUAAUCACGGAAGGUGUGUGUGUACUCUCUGGGCUGGGCUACAAUGGGAAGAACGAAAAAGGGGAGCACCAAUGGGAUGCCUGCGCAAAUGUGAGGGUGUGGCUAUUUGAGACCACACCCCUCUUCACAGGCACCAUCAAUUCCUUCAACAUCAACACAAAUGCUUGGGUGGCCAGGCAUGUGUUUAAGAGGUUGAGGUUUUUGGGUAACAAGUUGUUAUCUCAAAUGUUCACAUUGUUAUUCCUGGCGAUCUGGCACGGCUUGCACUCAGGGUACCUCAUCUGCUUCUCCUUGGAGUUCAUCAUUGUCAAUGUGGAGAAGCAGGCUCAGUCACUGGUGCGGGACAGUCCUUUGCUGGCAUCUGUCGCUCAGAGUCAUCUGUAUCCAUUUGUGUAUGUAAUACAGCAGUUAAUUCACUGGCUAUUUAUGGGAUACCCUCUGGUGCCAUUCUGCCUCUUCACUUACGACAAGUGGCUCAAGGUUUACUCCUCUAUAUAUUUCUGUGGUCACAUAUUUUUCUUGGUUGCCUUUCUUGUCCUGCCAUACCUCCGCAAGGUGUUCGUGCCUCGAAAAAGAGGCAGUGAGAAAAAGGAGGAUUAAUUAAAAUGGUUUGUUUGCAGCUGUCUAAGUUUGAAUGAAGUGAACUGUGACUUUUAAAGAGCACCUGAAGAGGACAAAUUUUAAGGCCUUUAGUAAUAUAUUACUAUUUACAUACAGCACUGAUGGAUGUGUACAAACGUUAGUCUGAUGGAAGUUCUUUGGGAGUUGUGGUGGACUAAUGAAGAAGGUUGAAAGCUGCAGAAAUACAAGCUUUUCUAUGGUUCAUUAUGUGUUAACUAAGAUUUACCGAUGUUUGGUGGCUCAAAAUAGUUACUGUAUACUGUAUCUCAUACCUUUGCACUCAUUACUCAGUAAUGAUCUCAUUUCCUGUUUCCUGUCUCAUCAGAGAACUGACUUUUGGCUGAUGGAAACAAAUGAGAUGUUUUGUUUUCCUCUGCUAGGAAUAUUUCAGCCUCACUUACCCUUAAAAAGACUAUGAAAUGUGAAACUAACAAAAGAGUGAAUGGUGACACAGCAUCUUCUGGCAUUGUAAAUGAAUGUUCUUCAUUUUUAUGAAGGUUUUUUUUUUUUUUUUUUGGAUCAGAAAAUUCAGAUGGGGAUUCUUCUUUUUUUGGGAAUGGGUUUUAUGGUAACAACAUUUUUUUAAUAGCUUUUUUGACACUUUAAUAAAAAGGAUCAUCAUUCUGUCAUCUCAUCCUCUCACUCCACUUAACACUGUCUGUCUAUCCAUCUGACACUUUCCUGUUCACUCCAUUUUCUCCAGAAAAUCGUUUUGUCCAGUGUGUGAAUAUGAUGGUAAAUUUGUGUCAGUAUUAUUAAGAGCAGAGUAUUUAAAUUAUAACAAGUAGUUUAGUGAGCAGUCAACUAAACUGUGCACACUAAUGGCACUAUUAAAAACUGCUGUGUUAUGCUGUGUAAAAUCCUUAAAAAGUGUCAGUGUGUAUUUCUCAUCACACACCAAGAUCGUUUUUUUUUUCUUUGCAAUCUGCUCUCAGUAACUCUUACGCAUAUUUGCCUUCAUAUCUGUUUUGUAUGACAUGACAUAUUGAAGAUCCUUGGCACAAAUAUAAGCCUACAUCACUCUUCAGUGAGGGCUAAAACCUGCUCCCAGAUUCAAUCCAAGGGAGCAGAGGCUCACUGUAGCAUCAGAGUUGUUUUAUAAUAUUUAUACAUGUGGUUGCAAAUAUUAUUGAUGUAAAAAUUGUUUUUGGGAAACGACUACUUCUGCCUUACUGCUACCAAAUGAAAAAAAAAAAAAAAAAGUGAGUGUGAGAGAAAAAAUUACUUUUAAAUAAAGCCGUUUUUGUAAUAUUAAUUAAAAAAUGCUGGAUUUUAACAAAGUCUG